GAAAAUCCUGAAGAAGGAAGGGCCAGUAUUUACAAAUCAGUGAUCAUCAAUACUUCUAAGGAGAUGAUGUGCUUCAGUGACUACCCCAUCCCAGAUCAUUAUCCUAACUUCAUGCACAACUCCCAGGUCAUGGAGUAUUUCAGGAUGUAUGCCAAAGAAUUUGAUCUUCUGAAGUAUAUUCAAUUCAAGACCACUGUGUGCAGUGUGAAGAAGCGGCCUGAUUUCUCUACUUCAGGCCAAUGGGAGGUAGUCACUGAGUGUGAAGGGAAGAAGGAGGUGGGUGUCUUCAAUGGAGUCAUGGUUUGCACCGGCCAUCACACCAAUGCUUACCUACCCCUGGAUAGUUUCCCUGGGAUCGAGAAGUUCAAAGGACAGUACUUGCACAGUCGAGACUAUAAGAACCCAGAGGGAUUCACUGGAAAGAGAGUCAUUAUAAUUGGCAUUGGGAAUUCUGGAGGGGACCUGGCUGUAGAGAUUAGCCACACAGCCAAGCAGGUUUUCCUUAGCACCAGGAGAGGGACUUGGAUUCUGAAUCGUGUGGGGGACUAUGGAUAUCCUUUUGAUGUGUUGUUCAAUUCUCGACUUAAGUAUUUUGUGACGAAGAUUUGUAAUCAAUCAUUAUUAAACACAUUUUUGGAAAGAAAGAUGAACCAAAGGUUUGACCAUGAAAUGUUUGGCCUGAAGCCUAAACACAGAGUUCUAGGUCAGCAUCCAAUGGUAAAUGAUGACCUCCCAAAUCGAAUAAUUUCUGGCCUGGUGAAGGUGAAAGGAAACGUGAAGGAAUUCACAGAGACAGCUGCCAUAUUCGAGGAUGGCUCCAGGGAGGAUGACAUUGAUGUUGUUAUCUUUGCCACAGGCUAUACCUUUGCCUUUCCUUUUCUUGAAGAUUCUGUCAAAGUAGUAAAAAACAAGGUAUCCCUGUAUAAAAAGGUCUUCCCCCCUAACCUGGAAAGGCCAACUCUUGCCAUCAUAGGCUUGAUUCAGCCCUUGGGAGCCAUUAUGCCCAUUGCAGAGCUCCAAGGACGCUGGGCCACUCAAGUAUUUAAAGGACUAAAGACUUUGCCCUCAAAAAGUAAAAUGAUGGCAGAAAUAACUAAGGCUCAAGAGCAAAUGGAAAAAAGGUACGUGGACAGCCAACGCCAUACCAUUCAGGGAGACUAUAUAGAUACCAUGGAAGAGAUUGCUGAUUUGCUGGGGGUCAGGCCCAAUCUGCUGUCUGUCGCAUUCACUGACCCCAAGUUGGCAUUACAUUUAUUGUUGGGACCCUGUACUCCAAUCCAGUAUCGUUUGCAGGGCCCCGGAAAGUGGGAUGGGGCUCGUAAAGCUAUCCUCACCACAGAUGAUCGGAUCAGGAAGCCUUUGAAGACAAGAGUAAUUGAAAAAAGUAAUUCCACAACUUCAAUAAUGACAAUGGGCAGGUUUAUUCUGGCUGUUGUUUUCUUUGCUGUAAUUAUGGCUUAUUUUUAGCUGUCCCAUUAUCAUUGCCAUGGCUUACCUUGGAAAGCUUGAUCUGGAGAUGCCUUCGGAAUCUGACAAGAUUGAAUGACUCUCAGCUUCAUAUAGAAAUCUACUUUUGUCUUUCAAAAGCAUUAAUCCUCUUUUCUCUUUUUCCUACAGUGAAAUCCCAGUUUUUUGUUUGUAUUGACUCAUCUCCCUUCUUCUCAUGACCCAUCACUUUUUCCUUCCAGUAAUCCCUAGACUGUGAGCUUACAUACACUUUUAGUCAUCUUUGCAUAUCCUUAGCAGAGUUCUUGAUAUCUGCUAAAUAAAUGCUGGCAGUUGUUAUCAAAUAUUAUGGUAGGGAACAUAAGUUAGCAUCUGUUUAAGAAAUGGCUAACUCUGUGUAACUCUUCUUCUGAUGAGAUUUGUUUUUCUAUUAGGAGUUCAAUUUUUAAAAAAAAUAUUAUAACCAAAUGUAUGUAUCCUGAGAGAUAAGAUAAAUAAUGGUCUUAUAGUAGUUGUACGUAUCUGUAUUAGUCCAUUUCUGUUGCUUAUAACAAAAUAUCUGGAACUGGGUAAUUUAUAAGAAAACAAAAUUUAUUGCUUACCGGUUUGGAGGCUGGGAAGUCCAAAGUCCAGGGAACACAUCUGAGGGUCCUCCUUGGUAGUAACACAGGAAUUGCACAUGGAAGAAGAUGGUGGAACAGGCAGAGAGCUCCUCAUGCAUUCUCCUUUUAAAACCCCCCAAACUAGGCCCAUGAUCACCACUAAUCCAUCAACUUAUUACUCAGUGAAUGGAUUAAUAC